AUGGGUGCGGAGAGCAUAGCCAGAUGUGAUUUCAGAGUUAGUAGGAGCGGGCUUUAUGCAGAAGAUAGAAACAAAGACUUGAAGGAUCUUAUAGUUGAUCACUUGCAAUUAGCAAUCAACAUAAUACCUGGCUGCGCCCUCGCCCCGUCCAAGGGCCUGGCUGCCUGGCGUGCGCGCGUCCGCAGCGACCCGCGCCAGUUCCUGAGCCUGUGUGCACACCUGGACUGCACCCCCGACAUCUGGGCCCUGCAGGACUGGAGCGGCUGGCUCACGCCGUCCUUGCCCAACGCCAGCCGCCGCUUCAACACCACCUUCUUCGUCUGCUGCCUGCGCGAGCCGCCGCCCAUCUAUCCCAACCAGAGCGAGGUGACGGAGUGCCAGUGGUUAUCUCCAUCAGAGGCAACUGAAAAUUUCCUAUCCAAAAAUAUUUGGUUGGCAUGUCCACAGUUCUAUGAAAUAAGAAGACUUGGAAACUUUGUUUCCCUCUCUGCCUUGCACAAGUUCUGCUUGGAUCUUGCAUUAGAAGGGCCUGAAACAUGGAUGCCUAUCACACUGGUAACUGCUGACUCCACAAUCAGGCUUUUCCCAGGAGAUGAACAGUAUGUAGAAGAUUCACACUUUGUAGAAAAUCUUACGUAUACUGAAAAAACGACUGAUGAAAUCAUGAAAGAAGUGAAAAAAUUUCACCGACUAGUAAUGCACAAUACAUAUCUUUAUAACCUCCAUGUGACUGUCCAGCCAAAGUAUAAACAUAUUUAUCCUAAGAACUACAUAGUAAAUAAAAGCCAUUUGUAGGAUGUUGCUCGCUGUUAAGCUGGCCUACUUACAGUUGUGCUAAUGAACUCGAUUGAAAACUAAUGAGGAACUUUACAUGUACAAAAGUUAGAACGUAGUGUUUCUUAAUUCAGGUGUAUUGUGGCGCUGUCCUUAUUCUUUCAGCUGUAAAGUGUAUUAUAAGAAAAAAAGUGCUAAUUUAUUACCAGAA